CCUACACGAUUUCAAUCAUUUCAGGUUCAAAAUGAUUGCAGGCACAAAAUACAAUGUUAAAAAAGAUACUACUUUUGAGGUAGGCUUUUUUAGUGCCUUGUAUUGUUCAUGACAUUCUACAUUCCUAGGGAUGUCGUCUCCAGGUCCUAAAUCAACCAGAGACAGUACAACGUUUGCCACUAAAGGACAGCAUACAGUGUCCAUCUCGGUGUAUGCAACAAAACAUCCAGGCACAGAUGGUGUUAUCCUAAAACUGUCUUGCGAAGGAGAAGAUGACAUAACAGAAACUGUUUGGUCCAGGAACUCAGUGAACAUAUUCCAAACCACCCUCUCAAGGUCCAUGCUGGUGUAUGACACCGACUCCCCCGAGUACCAGUCUGUGUCAGGACGUAUCAGUGUCAGCUCCUCCCUCCAGCAGCACAACGUGACUCUCAGGACCAACUCUACACUCGACCAGGGCUCCGUGUGGAGGUGCAAGGUUGGACAACAGUUCAGCAAUGACAUCACUGUUGAACUCAAAGAGUCUAUGCAAGAAGAUCCUGUAUCGACGAUUGGAGCAAUUGUUUCACCAUCUGCCUCAGAAGGUGUGUCAUUGCACUUACUCUUGAUUAUAUUAUACAUAUUAUAGUUAUAUUAAUCCUCCUCACUUGCGUUUAGUUAAAAAUAUCUUAUUAUAUUGAUAGUUCUGUUAUCUACAUCAGAAGGUGUGUCAUUGCACCUACUCUUGCCUAUAUUAUGCAUAAAAUAUUGUGUUUUGUGAUAUUAAUUCCCGCAUCAAGCAUGCCCUUUCUUCAAAGAAUUCUUUCGAUGCUUCCUCAAAAGUUGUUUGAUCAAGGUUACAGCAAUCAAGACACCAUUGAAGCUUUCUAAACGUAUUGUGGUGGAAAUGUGGACUUUUCCAAAUUUGACUCAUUAAUGACAAAAUUGGUGUCCGAUGCAAUUCCUUAUUUUGACUUGUACCAUAUGUUUCGGCGUUGUUGCUUUUUACCUGAACAAUUGAUUUUCCUUCGCAUGUAUUUGUGAUGGGAGCCACCUGUAAGACAUGAUACACUCACCUUUUAGCGAACUAUAUGAUUGUCAUUCUUAAACACUCAUGAUAAAGUUAGAAUCGAGUUUUCUUAUGAUUGUGGAAAAGGAUAUUGUUGUUUUUAUUCAUUUUAUAUUAUUUUAUUUAUCACACAUUUACUUAAUUUCAACCCCUUUCUGCAGCUUACAUCGGGUAGCCAUGUACGUUUCUUUGUUUGACUGUGUCAUAAUACUCCGCUUUUCACUGUUUUAGUUUAAAUUUGAAAAUAUGAAUAUAUUUAUAUGUUCAUCUAUACAGUUUCAUUUUUGUGCACUUUUUAGACAGAAUGUAAGUAGACGUUGACAAAAGCAUCCCACCUCCUGAUUUCAACGUCCUUGAUUCUAUCUUGUUACAACAUCAGUUUCAUUAAUCUUAUUAAUGAAUAUCAUAUGUGACCACAACCUUCACCUACAACAUCAUGGUCAUGAAACUGGAUGCAGAAUACAGGAUGCCAUGGUAACAAUGAUAAAUAUAACGAUUCAAAUUGAGUUUACUUUGUACUCCAGAUGGAAGUGUCCUACUUGUUGAGAGACAUUUUUUAUAUCAUUUCACCAUUUCAUAAAUGCAUUAGUUGAUACGUCACCUGUUCCCCAGCACAUAACACCAUUUCACUAAGGAGACAAUAUCAGUGUUAUAUUUCAUACAAUUACACCUAAAUGUAGUCGUGCCGUGUGUUGUUCCAGACAUCGCAGAAAGCAACAACCAGAUGUACAGCACCAUGUCACGUGACCCGAACACUGAUAACAACUACACUGAGUUGGAUCAUACACACACAGGUGAAAAGUUUCCUACUUCCUACGCUGAGUCCCCGGCCUACUACAACACAACACUCAGUAUGAAAACCGCUUCCACUGAGUGAUACGUAACCCGUAUUCUUGAUGCAACAUGGUUAAUAUCUGGACCCCAGUGAUCUGGACAACUCUCAGACUCAGCACAAGAAAAACGUUCUGUUCUGUUUCAUACAAAUUACGACUACUUCCAGAAAGGCGAAGAUCGUUGGUUCGUGUUAGUACUUAUUGUUUCCCUGCCUGGCGUUUGACUUAAAGGGAUAAAACAAGAUUUGAUUCACACCGAGUCAGUAUAAUGGAUGAAAUAUCCAUGUUAAACUGCUGCAUGGUACCCCAGUGAGAUAGCAUGAAUAAAACCGACCUCACUCGGACUGUUACAAUCAGCCACACACACGUGCAUGCACGUCACUGUGUAGGUGAAAGAAUUUUGAAGGUAACGUUCUACCCCGUUGUCACCUCUAUACACAUCACCGGGAGUCCUAGAUGUCCUGUGUUGUACUUGUGAUAUGGACAACCCCAUGACAUCCCCAUACACAUCACUGUGUGUCCUGGAUGUUGUCCUGUGUUGUACUUGUGAUAUGGACAACCCCAUGACACCCCCAUACACAUCACCGUGUGUCCUAGAUGUUGUCCUGUGUUGUACUUGUGAUAUGGACAGCCCCAUGACACCCCCAUACACAUCACCGUGAGUCCUAAAUGUCCUGUGUUGUACUUGUGAUAUGGACAUCCCCGUGACACCCCCAUACACAUCACCGUGUGUCUUAGAUGUUGUCCUGUGUUGUACUUGUGAUAUGGACAACUUCGUGUCUGGUUGUGUUCUUAAUGUUUUAAUGUACUUGCUUUGUGUUUUGAAAACGUGCGUUUUAUGUGUAUAUUUUAUUGGUUUGUGUUUCUUAAUGUACUUGUAUCUCCUCAACUGUUAGAAAAUGUGUUUCGUGUGUGUACAUUUGAUUGAACUUGCGUUAUACAAUGUAUGAUACUUUUAUGAAGAAAAUUCUUCUACUACAGUCAUGAUUGAUUUUUGCAUGAAUAAAAUUCAUUUUGACCACGUU